CUCCUCCUCUAAAGAGACAAACAAGCCCAAAGUCCUGCCUUUUACUUUUCAAAAUCUCUCUCUGGGUCCCUGUUUUCUUGAUUUCUCCCUCUCUCUCUCUCUCUCUCUUGCUGUUGGAAAUCAACUGUGAGAAAGAAGAGCACAGCCCAGAGAGGGGAGGGAGGAGAGGAGAGGAGAGGAGAGGAGAGGAGGGGGAAUGGAGAGCUUAGCCCUGUGGCAAGGGGCGACUCUCUGUGGGAUCCUGACAUGGAUUUUCCUGUCUUCAUAUUUGAAUCUGACCGAAAAGCUUAGAUCUUUAACCCAGCCUUGGGUUACCCGCCAUGUGAUUGCCGGGACCCCUCUCAUCCUCCAGAUCCAGAAGUACCCGCACAGGGUCUUGGAUGCCUUCUUCUCUGGGCUGUCGUGUGUUGUUUCUGUGCCCUUCUACACAGCUUUCCUCCCCUUGCUCUUCUGGAGUGGUCAUGGGAAGCUAGCAAGGCAGAUGACCCUUUUGAUGGCCUUCUGUGAUUAUAUGGGCAACUGUGUAAAGGAUGUGGUAUCUGCUCCGAGGCCAAGUUCCCCAUCUAUUAGGAGAAUUACAGCUACGAAAGAUGAAGAAGAGAAUGCAAUGGAAUACGGAUUACCUUCUUCUCAUACCCUAAACACAGUUUGCCUAUCUGGGUACCUCUUGCACUAUGUCCUCUCUUAUAAUGAAAAUAACGGCCCCCUCAUGGAAGUUGCUGGACUCGCCGUUGUUUGCUUGUUUGUUGGGCUGAUUGGACUAGGAAGGGUUUACCUCGGUAUGCACAGUCCAAUUGAUAUCAUGGGUGGACUUGCCUUUGGAUUGGUCAUCCUUGCAUUUUGGCUAAAAAUUCACUCUUAUGUCGACAACUUUAUUGUUGCCGGACAGAAUGUGACUUACUUUUGGACUGCCCUCAGCUUCUUGCUGCUUUUUGCAUAUCCCACUCCCGAGUUUCCAACUCCGAGUUUCGAGUACCACACAGCCUUCAAUGGCGUAGCUUUGGGAAUUGUUUCAGGGGUCCAGCAGACUUAUAAUCAAUUCCACCACGAAGCGGUCCCAAGGAUAUUUACUCCACAGCUCACAAUCCUGGCCUUCGCGGGAAGAAUGCUCGUGGGGAUCCCAACAAUCCUUAUGGUCAAAUUCUGCAGCAAAGCUCUCGCCAAGUGGAUCCUUCCCGUGGUAUCAAACACCCUCGGGAUUCCCAUCCGCUCCACCACCUACAUCCAGGCACUAAAUGGCUCCGUGGCUGAUAAAAUGCCUGACAAUGUCAAGCAGCCAUCGAGUUACCUGCAGAAGCUGUUGUACUCCCACCAGUCCUCUUUUGAUGUGGACACAGGCAUUAGAUUCUUACAGUAUGCUGGCCUUGCUUGGUCCGUUGUGGAUCUCGUCCCAUCAAUCUUCUCAUACUUACACUUGUGACGGCUUCAUUAUAUUUUUUUGUAUAUAUAUCUAUAUAUAAGCAUUAGCUUGCCUGCAAGGGUCUGGAAGACCAGAACAACGAACUCGAGCUUGUAAUGUGAAAUCAUAUAUUUUUUGGUCUAGCAGUAGGGAUCUCAAUUUUUUUGACGCAUCAAAAGUUUGAGCUGUUAUAUGUAAGGUUCAGGGAUAACUAUGACAACGUUAUUGGCAAGAAGUUGUAAUAAUGUCAGCAAA